UGUACCAAUCCAUAUUAAUUACAAUUAGUAUGUUUCCGAAUAAUCAUGUUUUAUGUUUAAAUAUAUAUGUGUAUUUGAACAAAAUAAAACAUUUCUAAAUCAACCAUGUUUCUACAAUGUGUAAUUCUCUGCAUAAUCUUCACUGCCAACGCCAAUAAAUCAAGUCAAACAGAGUGCAAGCACAGUUUUGGACCUUUGGCAUCUUAUUAUUCGUUUUGCGGGAUAAAGAAAGCGUGUUGUCUCAUCGAUAGUGGAUGGAAAUGCACAGAAACAAUUGGUGAACAUGACGCUUGGUACAUUUCACACAGAUGCAAAUUUUAUGGAAGGUCCAACUCUUAUAAAAAGAUCAAGAGAACACGACAUCAGACGUAUACAACUACUUUACCAGCCUAUAUCAAGACAACUUAUAACCGACGACAAAGAAAUAGAAACAUGAAUAGGAUGAACAUUGGUAAAAACUCUUACAAAACUCUAAGAACUAAUAUACUGUCCAGAAGAUUUCCAAGAUAUAUAAGAAGCACAACAGAGUACAGAUAUUCAGAAUACGAACCUACUUCAGAGGUCAACCUGUUCCGAAUUCUUCCAGCAGUAAUAGUAGUGGCAAUGAUAAUCUUCGUCUGUGUAUGUUGCUGUUUAAACAACGACAGGAAACAACGUAGGAUGAGACUUAAAAAUAGAAGACGUCUUCAACAAUCAAGGGCCUUACAACAGACAAAUGAACAACAACAGUUUAGCGUUAUAGGUUUGUACUAUGACAAUGGAAAUGCUGUUGCCGGUGUUACUUAUCCAAGGACACAGCUGAGCUAUGGAGCCGAUUUGGAAAGGCUCAUCAAUUCUACAUCUGACUGUUCAGCAUCUCUUCCCACAGUUAACCCACCAGCAUAUGAAGCUAUCAUCAAUAAUGGCAAUAAAACCGCUAUUGAUUUAUAUAAUCCAAGGACAUACACAGGAGACGUUGAGAAAAGACACACCCAGCAUAUACCAAAUAACGGCACAGUAUUUACAUUCAUUGACGAUACAAAAUAUAUGCCCACAGUUAGUCCACCAGCAUACGAGGAUAUCAUGAAAGAAAAUGCAGCCGCAAUUGUUUCAUAUAAUCCAGGAACACACACACAAGACAACGAGGAAAGGCUUGCCAAUUAUAUUGCGAAUGACGGUACUGUUACUCAUUUAUAAGACGAUCCAACAUCGACAUCUACGUGCACAACAAAUCCCCAUAAUACGAACAUUAUAUGUAUAAACAUAUCGAGAUCGAGUGCACGUUUUAAUCUUUGCAUUUAGACAUCAUUUUUUUUUGUCAUCUUUUUUUGUUGGACAUUGACUUAAAUGAAUUUACCUUUGGACUUUUCUAUUUUCUCUUUUAUUGUAGUAUUAUCAUUGUAAUUAAAACACAAAGAA